AUGGCAGACGAGGAAGAAGAUAUCCCGCGCCCAGUGGGUGCUAAUCAAGAAGAUAUUGAUCUUACCGACGAGACGCAAGACUUUCGUUUCCUGGACAAGCUUACCGUGAAUGCGUCAGGCGCGGCCUCUCUCCCUAAGCGCGGCCAGAAGGACUUCGAGAGCCAUGACACAAAACUCCAGAGCGAUACGUUAGAAGCCUCACGUCAGGCCAUGCACAAUGUACUCUCUUGGACCCGCGUGCACACGGAGAAGAGUCGCAUCCUAGGAAUGUACCACCCUGAGAGCAACAUGGCGUAUGUGGAAAAGGUGAAAACAAAACACUUUGAGAACAUGGGGAAGGCAAAAGGUGGGAAAGAAUGGCUUUUGCCCGAGGAGGCGCUGUUUCUGAUUGAAAGAGGAAGUAUGGAUUGCAGGUGGCCUGUCAACAAGUCAAACGGGGAGAACGAGGAGGAGCUCACGAUAGAGGAUGGCGCUCCGAUGAGCCUGCAGGCGGCUUAUGCCGCCUUCAUUGGGUUCGAGGGUGGAGUGGGCGGGAAGCUCACUCUGGAGAUGUUCACCGUCUAUUCUGGGCUGAAGAGAGCUGGAUACUUCGUAUUCCGUGCGGGAUGUUGGGACGACGAUCGGGGGACAUUGCAGCCUCUGGCUCACCAUCAGGAUCCCAACAAAGCAGGAGGCUAUUUGUCUCGUUUCUUCACAGAGAUCUGGCGAAGGAUAUCCACGCACAUGUAUCCGAUCCCCAAAGCGAAUCUGCAAUUCGGUCCGCUGGUCAAGCCAGGGCUAUACAGGUCCUAUGCCGAUGUCUACCGCCUCCUCCAGAUCAUACCCACGCAUGACCGCACAGCGCCGCCCAAGUUCCACCUCGAGUCCGACCCCAACAACCCCUUUCGCAUCCACUACGACGUCUACAAGUCCGGGACUGGCAAAUUUCGAAAGGCCCACCGAGGGCCCCCUGAUUUUCGAGUAGCAGUCAUCAACGCCCGUGAGACAUCCCUUCCCACGGCCGACCAGCUGAACGAUCUCCUUGCCACCACUCCGUAUGAUCCUGCCAGCCCACAGGAUCAGAUGUACAAAAAGUUGAAGCACGGUUCGAGGAACGUGAUUCUGGCUGUGGUUGACAAUGGCAUCCCGAGCUACAUUCGAUUUUCGGACUCGGACUUCUCGGAUAUCAAGCUGUACGAGCGGAAUGGUAGGAUCCCUCGUGGGAAGGGUGGAGGGCGCGGUCGUGGCGGAGGCCGAGGACGGGGAAGGGGACGGGGAAGAUGA